ACACUCUGCCUCGAGAAUCCUCUUGGUUCUCCUCCUGGGAAUCACCCGGGGAAACUUCACUCAUUUGCUUCUCAUCGAAACAGCAACUCUAUGCCCAUAGCAAUGAGCAUCUCGCUCAUGCAUUUGCUAGGUGGGCUACUGCGUCAGCAAUCCAUGUAUCCAAAUGUUCCCCUUAGUCUCCUGGAGGCUCACAUUAUUCAUCAGCGUCCUCGGACGAAGCGAUGUAGCCCGUGAGCCAAUCCUCGUCCCAGUUUCCCUCGUCGAUGGCUCAUCUCUUGAAGCCUGUCGUUCGGGCGUUCAAACGUUCACGAGCUCGUCAAAAGAGCGCACGGAAGCUCCUUGGAAGCCCCCAAGGGAUCACCUCAGGGUCGGUCUCGUGCAUUCGUCGCUCCCACCGUACGCACAUGGUCUCGCCGUUCGUUGGACAGGCGUAGCACCAUACUGGCACGGCGCCGCCCCCACUUCCUGGGUGGUGCGCAUUCUUUAGCCAUACAGAGGAUGACAAGCCCCGUGCCGCAGCCUCUCUAUCGCGGUGGUUAUGCAGCAUCUCUCCACCGCCGGCGCUCACCAGGUCGGUGCACCUGCUUCUAGUAUCCAGAAG